AUGUGGUCGCGGUUCAAGAAACUAAUGGCCGUAAUUAAUGAAAAUGGAGCUGAAAAAGAGAAUAUUAAUAAAGAAAACGUACAACCUGAUAAAGAUGAACUAGGGAAUGACGCUAGAAUAUCUCAGCGAAUUUUGGUUAAAUCUUCGAGCAUCUUCUCCGGCAGCAAUUCUUCUUCUUCUUCCUUUAUGGCGGUUACGAUGAAUUCGCCAAAGCAGCAGUUAGUUAUCAUCAGGAGGCGAAGUAGAAAAACAGAAGAAAUGGAUGCUAAUUUCCAUCAAACGCAUUUCACUUACAAAGUGAGGGUGAUAGAAAAUGAUGAGACAAAAGAAGAACCUGUUUGCUACAAAGCAUUUUUAUCCAUAUUUGGCAUUACCAAAGGAAAACUUGAACAUCUUCAAAAGUCAUUGAAAAUGUCAGGUACUGCACCAAGUGACAAAAGAGGCAAGUCAGGUUCAAACAAGAGAUUAGACAAUAACAUUAAAGAUUUGAUAUGUAAUCAUAUAAAAUCCUUUAAAAGACGGCAAAGUCACUACAGCUUGAAUGAUACAAAAAAAGAAUAUCUACCUGAAGACCUAAACAUAAAGAAAAUUUAUAAGUUGUACUUAGAUGCAUACGAGUCACAAAAUCAUGUAUCUUAUAAAACUUACAGAACCAUCUUUAAUACAGAGUUUAAUUUGUCAUUUGGCUAUCCUAGGACUGAUACCUGUAGUGCUUGUGAUGAAUUCAAAAUAAAAGCGAAGGCAUUGAGAGCUGAAGGAAAUAUUGUAAAACUUAAUCGGUUAACUAUUCUGAACAAUUUGCAUAAGAAAAAGGCUCAAACAUUUUAUGAUCGUAAGAAAAAUGCAAGAAUCAAGAGCAAAACAGAUGUGGAAUUUCAAGCAAUUGCCAUGGACUACCAGAAGAAUGUGUCGUUGCCAAACAUCACCACAAGCGAUGUCUAUUACAAACGUCAAUUAUCAAUGUACUCUUUUAAUAUUCAUGCAUUGGGUGAUGCAAGCUCCUAUUUUUACACCUAUCCAGAAACCUGUGGGCGUAAGGGUUCAGAUGAAGUGGUUUCAUUUCUGUUUCAAUAUUUACCAAACCACCUGAAUAGUCGUGUAAAGCAUUUAGAAAUAUUUUGUGAUUCAGCAGGUGGACAGAACAAGAACUACACAGUGAUAAGGUUUAUUCAUUUUGUUGUCCAUAAAAUGAAACUUUUAGAUUCUAUCAAAAUUACUUAUCCAAUACGAGGACAUUCGUAUUUAGAAUGCGAUAAAAAUAUGGGCCUAAUCAAUCUAAAAGCUCACAUUGAAGUUCCAUACCAGUGGUAUGAUUUGCUGAGAUCCCAAAGAGAAUUGAAGUGUGUACGAGAACACCCUAGAGUUAUUUUACACAGAAGUAAUUAUAAUGGUUUAUGGGAGAAAUCACCUAUUGUGCCAAAAAAGGAACCCAGGUCAAAUGACACAUCAAAUGAAUUUGAAUUGCCAGAUUUUGCCUAUAUCAAUUUCUUACCCAUUAGUGCAGAAAAGUACAAGGACUUAAUGGAUUUAAAAAGAUUUUUGUUCUGA